AUGUUGACCAAGCAAGGCUUUUGUAGUAACUGUAACACCACGGCAACACCUUUGUGGAGAAGGGCGGAAGAUGGGAGCUAUCUCUGCAACGCAUGUGGACUUUAUUACAAAAUACACGGAAGAAAAAGACCGACCAGUUUUAAGACAGAUUCGUCCAAGCCUCGGGUGAGAUGCAGAAGGAUCAGCGGGGAGAUGCACAGUGCACACGGCUCGGAGAUGCUGUGGAGUACUUACAAACACAGGAGCAGGAUGCAGAGUUCGUUUGGCUUCCAGCACGAGGAAAACCAAGUGAACUCGGCCUGUAAAUAUAAGGAUUAUCCUGCGAAGCACAAGGACUUCAAGAGAGGCGAAGGGGCAUCUCAGACGGACUCCAGCAAAAACGCAUUCUACGAGGACUUUGGAAUGCCGAGGUAUGAUAGAAGUGCCACUCCAGAAGAUAGGAGAGAUUAUAGACGUGAUACAAACAUAGCUGCAAAGUCUUUGAUUAGAAGACAUUUUGAUAAGAGGCCGGGACGGAUUCCGACAUUUAUGGGCGGAGCUGAAGAUGAAGGGGCUAUGAAUGAAGAGAAGGUAGGGAAAACAUCUUCCUCGCCAUGGGCAAAAGUUAAGGAAGAGGAGCACGAGGCAGACCUAGAGGACUCAGAGGUAAUAGCCAUUAACGCCCUGCUAGACUUGUCCCGCGAGAGGAUCUAG